ACACCUUGCUUCAAUUAAUAAUACUGCUAAAGCUAGCUAGCUAGCUUAGUUGCACUAAAGAAUCAAAGUUACUAGUAUAGUAUAGCUAGCUCUUGGACAUUCUGUUUGUCUGCCACUAAUCUAUACCAGUAAUUCCCAGGCUCUGAAGACUCAUCAGAGAAGCCACCAACAGAACUCAAUAUCUCAGGCUGACAGUGGAAAUGAAGACUACUGUGCACUUCCAGUGUGUACUACACCUGCUGAUCUUAUGUAUUCUUACAGUUGAAGGUAUAACACCUUUCGUGUCUCUGACUGUCGAGGGGAGUCUAGUUGGUGAACACUGUCCAAGAACAGUCAGACUGUUCUGUAAGGGGGUGGAUUUGUCUAUUUUAAGAUGGAGAUAUAAUGGCGGAACUGGAAUCUACUCGUUUUCGACCACUGACUUGCCAAUGAUCUCAAUUCUGUCUAGUCCUGCUUUUAUGUCCGUAGAGUUAACUAAUGUUACGCAAACUCCGAAUGAUCCAAGAUUCGCACAAUUUACUUCAGUUCUGAUUGUGGAUAUUGCUCAACUUCAAGCUCAAAAUGUAGCAAGUAUUAAUUGUGGGGACCCUGGAACAAUUGCUACCGAACCAGUUAAUGUAAUUAUUCUCAAACCGUCUGUCCCCAAUAAUCCUGUGAUAACUGCUGUGACUGCUACCUAUAAGUUUGGCCUUUUGAUGACCCUUGAAGUAUCAUGGAUGGAGUUGGAAGAAGUUUGCCUGGAAUUCAAGACCUCGCUUGUAUACAUGCUGAAUCUAACUAGUCCACUAUCACCACCGACUGUUGUUGAGGAUGACCGAAUUAGUUGCAGAGGCGGGAUGUGCGUUGGACUGUUUUCAAAUAUUUCAGAGAAUGUUACAGUAGUGGAGGAGUACACUCUGUCACUGAGUGCUAGAAAUGACAUGGGAUUAAGCAAAGACUCUGCAUAUCAAAACACAAUACAGCAACAAAGUGAUCAAUACUUUACUCCUGAAAUCUUGAAUUCUACCAGCUGCGAAAUAUUUGUUCGAUGUGUGUCAACAUAUACAAGUCUAAACAAUGCUACAUGUUCUGUGUCAUAUGGUAUGAAUGCCAGCACUGUCACUUUUCUACUUAACAACACAAAAUUACGUGUUUUAAAUGAACUUCAGUCAGCUGCAGAGUCACACUUAUUCGUUUUCUCGUUGAUGGUUGAUCACAUUUUAAGAAUAAAUGUCAUCAAAGAGACGAGUAUUUCAGGUACCUGUGAGAGAAAAACGAAUAACGCUGAUAUCGAUACAAUACAAUUUGUCGUCCUUUUCACAUUAAUAAUUAUUGUUGUGGUGUUGAUGACGGUGCCAAUUAUUAUAAUGUGCCGUUUUGUUGUUGGAAUUAAGCACUGUAACAAAAGUCAGAAGCCUAAAGAAGAGUAUCCAGUGUCAAAAAAUAAUGACAAUUAAGUGUUUGAGUGAACUACGAUUUGGUCCAUGGACAAAAAAACCUCAUGCACGUAACAAUUUGUAUGGCUGCACCUAUAAUUAUAAGCAUGUUUUUUCUAUCUAUUUUUCUACUUUGACCAUAGAGACUUGUGUUUCAGUGUUUUCUAUUUCAUAUCAUGUCUAACUCAUUGUCACUGAGCUAUUGUUAGCAUCAUUUACUAUUAGUAUAAAAGAUGAUAAUUUGCAACCUUUUGGCUUAGCUACAUUGUAUAGGACAGCUCUGCAGGCUUCCGUAUAUCUUUUCUCUAGCUGUCUCCAUGCACAACAUUCUGAUAUGUGACCAACCUCCUCUGUAUAUAAAAGCAAUGCAAGACAAUAGGGUGGUGUGUGUGUGUGUGUGUGAGAGAGAGAUGUACGAAUAUUUGGGUGAUUCAUACAAACAUUUGCACCGACGAAAAUUACUCGCUAUUUUUUUGUUAAUUCAAAUGUUUGUAUGAACUGCCAAGUUAAAUUUUUCGUAUAAUUGGGGCGAGUGAGAGAGGACAAGGAUGAACCGCUACGUACAACAAUUAAUUUUUUAGCCUCAUUCCAACCACUGUUUCGCGUUAAAAUGGGGGGAAACCAGUCUAAAAAGAGGCUUUGCAACUCGAUCUUUGCACCACAACCAAAGCUUUCCUUGAAAUAGGUUUUUGAGCUACUACUUGUCAUACAGACCGAAUGUCUGGAGCUAAUAGCUAGAGAUUCUUCUAUCAUAAUGACUAUAGGCCUUGGCAAAUUAUGCUUUGUUUUGAUUACUCUCAAAAAGUCAGCCUAUUAUUCCAGUUUGGUGUACCGAUUAUUCCUUAAAGACAUCAAAUUUAAUCUCAUAAUUGUUAAGUAUUAUAAAUGUAUACCUAUAUAUAUAUAAUUAUACUUAAUCUAGUUACCAUGCGCAUGCAACCCCUACCAGACCGAGGUUAUAUAUGGCCUUAGCUGAAUGGUUUCCUAGUACAUUGCCCAAAAACCAGUGGCCCUAAACUAGCGUUGUUCCCAGGCUUUACUUUUUCUUGUUCUUGUCUGUUCUCGAGCUAGAGAUGAUGGGAGGCACUAAAGAAGGACAUGAUGGACGUCAUCGUGAAAGAAAAAAUAAAGCCUGCAUAGUAUACGAAGUCGCGUGAUCCAUAUACAUUUUUAUGAACGUGGGCGAUAUGUAGCCUACAAUCGUGACGUAGAGUAUUCUCCCACGCAUUAAUUAAAAAAACACUAGCUAGAAAACAUAAUUUUUGAUCAUAAUUAUUCUCUUUUUUGGCUGCCUCGUUACUCUUAUUAUCACACUAUGCAGACGCACCGCAAUAAAUGCGGGGGUGUAAAAUCGCACGCUAUGCGCAUGGCGCCAUUUUUUCUGUGCUCUUGAGCACCGCCUGCUUCAAUUUCUAGAAACUCCCCUAUAGCUUUAGCACAUACAGACACAUGGACAAAAACACACUACCAUGCGGCAUAACAGUUAUUAAUUUUGUCCAUCUCCUGCAAUUAAGCAACAACAUCAAACCACACCCACACCCACAUCUCCCUCGAACAGAUAAUAAUGCAUUUGGUUGCUAGCUGGGCGUAGCCCGGCACCCGUUCCCAACGGGUGGCCGGGUGACACGCUUAUCCCUUUACUGGUCAAAUUGUUGUAAAUUUUAAACAACAAUCUGGGAGGGAGCGUGCUAUCAACUUGUGAAUGUUGCAUGAUAUUGGAUUCUGUGGCAGAUUGGAUAGUAUCAUGAAUGCGAUUAUCCUUUGAAGUUCUGCUGAGCUGUUCAAUUAGGACACUUAAAAAAAAAAGAAGGUUUAAAACAAGCUAUACAGCAUGUAGGACUGAGUAGUAUCCAUUGGUAGACUCUCUGGACUAUCUUGGUAGCCAUAGAAUAUUUUCGAAGAGGAAACAGCAAGCCAUUUGUGUACACAGGCACUUCACAAGUGGACACAAGCUCUACAAUCGUCUACAUGCUUGCUAAGCAGCUUAGUUGACCAGAGUGCAGCUUUUAAAGGCCACACAUACUUCCAUCGAGGCAGCAGCAAGGCAUAAAAUCGAUGGUUAGUUUGUGCACAGCCAUUGACCCACGCCCAUCUCUACAAGCCAUAGCCACUUCAUUGGGGGCGGAGAUAACAUCAAGCUAAUUUGGUGGGUUGGGCUCAGAUGCAAACUAAAGUGAUGGAACUGUUCCAGAUUGUGUGCGAUUGACCUGGAAAGGAUUUGUGUUCACACUCAAUGUACAUAUACCUUACUAACAUUAAUUUCUUAUUAACACCUUAUGUUAUGUAAUAUUAAUUUUACUACUACCUUAACCAUGAUUUGAUGUUAAUUCUCUGCGAGCCUCUGCAUGGCCAUGGGGCCCCACUCCACGUAUUUAAGGUUUUGUUUACCCUUUUUGCCUCACUUCACCUUAACUUCACUUUAACUUCAUUUUACCCUGUAUUGUCAGUUGAUGUUUUGCUUCUCAAUCUAAGAAUUUGGUUAAGCUACA